CUCCAUCUCUCUCUCUCUGUUCUCCGCUUCCGUAACUUUCCUCUCCUGCCAUUUUGCUUCUCCGAAACCCAAUCCCCUUCUUCUCCUCCUCCCCCGCUUCCUCGUCCCACGUGGAUCACGAGCGAUCGCAACCCAACCCCGAUCCAUCCAUCGCAUACAGAGUAGCAUCUUUGGAACGCAGAACAACGCAUUAAGGAGCCCGAGGUUCGGAUCUCUUCUUCUUGGUUUCUUUUCUCGGGGGUUUCCCUGGGUUUCUUUGGGGGGUGGGAUCCGUCGUGAAUGGCGAUGGAGGACGCAACCGAGAGCUGCGGCAGCUGGGCGGCGUCGGAUUCGUCCCAGGCCCACCACCGGCAGCAGCAGCGCCAUAAGUUGGACGUCUUCAACGAGGUCCUCCGCCGCCUGAGGGAGGCUGGGCGGCCGGAGGUGCAAUCUCCGUCGUUCGAGGACGGAUUGUGGAACCACUUCAAUCGUCUUCCCGCUCGUUAUGCCUUGGAUGUAAACGUAGAGAGGGCAGAAGAUGUCCUGACUCAUAAAAAGUUGCUGGAACUGGCUCAAGAACCUGCCAAUAGGCCGGUCUUUUCUGUACGCUUGGUGCAGGUUUCACCAGUUCCAGAUGGAAACCAGGCUGCUCCUUCUGAUUCUAGCACACCAGGAACAAGAGAUGCUCAGUCUACUUCAACUUACUUUAGGCAAAGUGUUCACCCUCCUCCUGCCUUUGGUUCGUCGCCUAAUCUCGAGGCUCUUGCUCUUGAAGCCAGCAGGCAACAAGCUCAAGAUGGAGACAGUGUCGCCAAUGCUCCACACCUUCCCAGGCCAAUGCAUGAAAUCACCUUUUCCACGCAUGACAAACCAAAGCUUCUAAGUUUGCUGACUUCUUUGCUUGCUGAGGUUGGGCUUAACAUUCAAGAAGCACAUGCAUUUUCAACAAAUGACGGUUACUCGUUGGAUGUAUUUGUUGUUGAUGGUUGGCCUUAUGAGGAAACCGACCAACUCAGGGACUCAUUGCAGCAGGAAAUUCACGAGAUGGGAAGACAAGCUUGGUCAAAGUCUCAUCCAUGGUCUCCUCAAAUUGAGACUGCACAAUCCGGAGAGCACUCUUCUCCUGAACAUGUCCAGAUACCAACAGAUGGGACUGAUGUAUGGGAGAUUGAUUUUCAGCUCCUGAAGUUUGGAAAUAAAGUAGCAUCUGGAUCAUAUGGCAAUCUUUAUCGUGGAACAUACUGUAGCCAGGAUGUGGCAAUUAAAGUAUUAAAGCCCGAGCGUGUAAAUGUUGAUAUGCAGCGAGAAUUUGCUCAGGAAGUCUUUAUUAUGCGGAAGGUUCGCCACAAGAAUGUGGUGCAGUUUAUUGGUGCUUGUACCAAACCUCCCAGCUUGUGUAUUGUCACAGAAUUCAUGUCAGGAGGAAGUGUCUAUGACUUCCUUCAUAAACAGAAAGGAGUCUUCAAGCUCCCAGCUUUACUCCGAGUAGCAAUUGAUGUAUCUAAGGGAAUGAACUACUUGCACCAAAAUAAUAUUAUCCAUCGGGAUCUGAAAGCUGCCAAUCUUCUGAUGGAUGAGAAUGAGGUUGUUAAGGUUGCCGAUUUUGGUGUUGCACGUGUUAAAGCGGAGUCUGGAGUUAUGACUGCUGAAACAGGAACUUACCGCUGGAUGGCACCUGAGGUCAUAGAACACAAGCCCUAUGAUCACAAAGCUGAUGUUUUUAGCUUUGGAAUUGUACUGUGGGAACUGCUUACAGCUAAGCUCCCAUAUGAAUACUUGACGCCACUCCAAGCAGCAGUAGGCGUGGUUCAAAAGGGCUUGCGACCUACCAUCCCAAAGAAUACUCAUUCAAAGCUUGCUGAGCUGCUGGAGAAGUGUUGGCAGCAGGACCCUGCUAACCGGCCUGAUUUUUCGGAGAUACUGGAGAUACUACAGCUUAUUGCCAAAGAGGUUGGCGAUGAAUCCAAUGACCGCCGGAAGGAAAAGUCAUCAGGUGGGUUUCUUUCGGUUCUCAGGCGUGGCCACUGAAUCUAGAUGUAGCGGUAUAACCUUAGAGCUGUACAGUGAAAUUAAUUAGUUGGCCUGCGUGAUUGUUCUUUACCCAUUGAGUUGUAAUUCUUUCUUUUUUUUUCUUUUUCUUUUUCUCCUCCCAUCACCUUCACUGAGUUGGCCUGCUUGAAAUGUAACCAUGUAACCAAUAGGGCUGAUGUGCACAGUGCGAGAAUUGCUAAUCUUUUGGCCCCCCCUUUUUUUUAAUUUUAAUUCUGGGCCUAACAGCUCAUGCUGAUUGUGAUUAUUUUACUCUUUUUAGGUGAAUUUAAUUUAUUUCAGGCAUUUGGAUUA